AUAACACACAUUCUAUUACUUGUAAUUGGAUCAUUUGUUUGUUUUCAUAUAAUCGCGACUGGCAUAGAUUAGUUGAUAAAUAAAAGUGGCAAAAAGUAUUAUCUGAAGGCGUAAAAAAGACAAAUGUUAUUGCUAACUUCAAGUAAAUUGUAAAUGUAGCUACUGCCGGACGUUUGCAGUAAAGAUUGUGUUAAGCAACAGAGUGAAUCAAUGUUGCAGACUUGCGAGUCCUAAACCCUAAUUACUUUGAUAAGUGAGACAAAGAACAACGAAACUAACUGUAGGAGCAGAAUGGCAUUCAGGAAGCGGAGUGGAGCAACGGAUCGACAAGUACUUGUCGAAAACGAGCAGGUACCAUAUCGGGGGAAUGCAAUUGACAACAACUUUGGUGGCUCAGCAAAUACCGACAGAAUCAGCGCGAUUGCUGAAUCAAGUGAUGAGGAUGAAAUAAAGUGCAUGCCUGCAAUUUUGCCUACAAUGGAUAACGAAUUGGAUCCAGAGCAAAUACGAAGUCGGGGACAAAUAUUGAUGACUGAUGCGCCACCUGAUCGCUAUAACUAUACUUAUGCCGUUUUCUAUUUGCUGGGCAUUGCCACCAUGACACCAUGGAACUUCUUCGUAACAGCAGAGGAUUACUGGAUGUUUAAAUUCCGAAACACGACCAUCAACGAAACCUCCGAUUUUGUACCAGAACUGACACCAAUGCAAAAAAGCUUUACCUGUGAUCUAACGCUCGCGGCAUCCAUAUCGGGCACUACUUUUCUCAUACUUAACGCCAUUUAUGGACAUCUCGUUUCCCUAAAAGUGAAAAUGUUAGCAACACUAUUCACUAUUUUAGGCAUUUUCAUCAUAACCACGAGCUUCGUUGAAAUCAACACCGACCACUGGCAGGAACAGUUUUUCUUAAUCACAUUAUUUACGGUUGUAAUCAUUAACAUAUGUUCGGCCACAAUGUCUGGCGGUAUAUUCGGCGUAGCUGGUCUCUUCCCAUCACAUUAUAUGACUGCUUUGGUCAGUGGUCAAGCCUUGGGCGGUAUACUGUCAGCGCUCGCUUUUAUUUUAGUACUAGCUUUCGGCUCUGCGCCCGAUGUUACUGCUUUGAUAUAUUUCAUCAUUGGUAGUGGUUUGGUUUUUCUAUCCAUAAUCUGCUAUAUAAUUAUGUCACAUCAGCCAUUUUUCAAGUAUUAUGUCGAAGGUGGUGAUAAGUACAAAAUUUUGGCCGACACACCCUCACACAGUCGUAGUGUUGACACUGGCGUAGAUUUAGAUCCGAAUAUAAAAGAGGUCUUUGGAAAAAUUUACGUUGAAGCUGUCAACAUAUGUCUACUUUUUGCGACCACACUCUCCGUAUAUCCAUCGGUCACCGAGCUAAUGCAGUCGGAAAAUUACGGUAAAGGACACGCAUGGAAUGAUACUUACUACAUGCCAGUGGUAAAUUAUCUAUUCUUCAAUUCCGGUGACUACUUUGGACGUAUACUGGCCGGUUUGUGGGAGCGACCCCGCAAUAAUCCACACACGGUGCUUUUAAUGACUUUUAUACGCCUGCUGUACGUUCCGUUCUUUCUCUGUGCGAAUAGUAAUGCACACAAUUUCUUGCCCGUGCUGGUGCAUACCGAUGUCACAUUUAUCAUAUUGAUGAUUACCUUUGGUAUAACUAACGGUUAUUUAGCAAAUAUCAGCUUAAUAAUGGCACCGAGAUCUGUCAUGCGGCACGAAAAAGAAAUGGCUUCAUCCAUUAUGGCAGCAAGUCUGAGUUUAGGACUGGCGGUUGGCUCAUUACUAAGCAUGGCUUUUGUGCAAAUGCUGUAAUAGCGGGUGUGGAACGCAAUACUUAGUGCCUUGUACAUAGAUAUAUUAUAUUAUAAUGAAAACAUAUUGAGUAAUAAGCGAUUUAGUGUUUAAUAAUGAGAUUAGCUCAGACGAAGGAGUGCCAAAAUGAAAUAUUAUUGUUUCACUGAUUUUUUAAUUUGCAUUUAAAUUUUGUUAAUUUUAUUUUUUUUAAUUUAGUUUUAAUUUUUUUAUUUAAUUUUAUUUUAUUUUAAUCAAUUUUCAUUUUUUAAAUUAAAUUAAAUUUUUUUUUUCAUUUCUAAUUUUCUUUCUUCAUUUAAAAUUUUUUUUUUAUUAUCUUUCAUAUUAUUUUUGAUUGCUCUUAGAUUAUUAUUUCUUUUUUAAAUAUUUUUUUUCUCUAGUUUUCUUUUAAUAUAUUAUUUUUAUUUAAAUUUACUUUUUCAAUUUUAUUUUUUAAUUUUUAAUAUAUUUAGAAUUUUUUUUUUAAUUGUUUUUAUAUUUUAAUAUUUUUUUGCAUUCUUAUUUGUUGUUUUUUUUUUUAGUUUUCUUUAUUUUUUUUUAAGUUUUCUUUAUUUUUUUGUUUUUUUUUAAUUUUUUUUUUUGUUUUUUUUUAUUUUAUUUUUUAGUUUUCUAUGUUUCAGUUUUAGUUUUCUCUUAAAUUAUUUUUUACUUUAUUACAUUUUUAACUUCUUUUAUUUUUUUUUUUGCUUCCGCUUUAAUUUUUUUCUUUUCCCAAAAGACAAUGUAUUACGCCAAUUAAGUUAUAACUCGCUAUGUUGUUUAUUUGCGUUUUAUUUUUGAAUAAUCUGGCACCAAAAAAAAAAUAUUUUAAAUCGGUGUCAUGCAAUAUAUUAACAUACUCCGACCAUUGUUUUUUAUUUUUUUAAUUUUAGUUACAAAUAUAAUGUAAAGUGUUUUUAUCAGAUUCGUUAAAAAAAUUAAGUAAAAAUUUAAAAUAUCAUAAGUCUUAUUUUACUUGAUAACAAUUUAUGUAGAACAAUUUUAAACUAAAUAUUUUUUAAACACAUUAAUAAAAUAACGUCUUUUGACCAAAUAUUUUUAACCAAA